UUUGAGCAGUCAGUACGCUAAGACGAGCUCGUCAGGAUUCCGCUCUAUUUGUCCUCUUUAAUCACUUUUGAUUAUCCAUAAACGCGUGGUUGCCACAUAAAGCUGUCUAAAGUUUGAAGGAUAUUGGAAACAUUUGUUAGGCUGAGACUGUUUUGUUAUUAUUCACUUCUCUUUUGUUUGGAGUGGGAUUCCAUUGAACUUGGUCCAUUGUUGUUGGAUGAGAAGCUCAACUUUGGCAUUGAGGCUCCUGGAAUCCAAUACUACGGUGCAAACAGUGGUCAACUUGCAGAUGUUGAAAGCUGGACUCUAUACUUUAAGGAUAAAAAUGGCCAUGUGUCCUGUAUACGUGGAAGAAUUUUCAUCCUGACCACUGUCCUGGAUCUACACCGUCAUAGGAAAGAGUGACUAAUUUCUUGGCAACGAAAGACUUUGGUGAUUUUAUUUUUCUGUGGGCCAUAUUUGAGAAGUCAUCAUGCCUAUUCUGAAGCAGCUUGUGUCCUCGUCCUCCCAGUCUAAGCGGCGUUCUCGUUCUGACCUAACUGCGGAGAUGAUCAGCGCACCUCUAGGAGACUUCCGUCACACUAUGCACGUGGGUCGAGGAGGUGACGCAUUUGGGGACACCACCUUUCUUAGCAGUCACUCAGGGGAGCCACCAAAGGAGCCAGAGGUACAGCAAAACUUUCCUAAACAGAGCCUCCUUUCCCGUACCUUCCGAAGCAGCAAGCGCUCCCAGUCGGCCAAUCGUGACAAGACUGACAGUUCAAAACUGGCGCCCCCUGGUGGUUCGCCAAGUUGUGUAAAAAAUGCAAUCUCGCUGCCAUAUUUGAAUGAGGAUGAUGCAGGAAGAGGUACUGGAAUCCACCUUCCCAAGAGCGUGUCCUCAAGUCCUUUAAAGAAACUUCCAGAAGAUGAAGUAAAGCCGCUUAAUGGAGCCACAGCGCCUGCUGUAUCAGACGUGGAGCUGGACGAGAGGAGUUUCGGAGAGCUGACUGACUUGCGUCCAUCGGUUCCAUACACAGGAGGCAUGAAGCAUGCCGAGUCCAUCAUGUCUUUCAACAUUGAUCUGGGUCCCUCCAUGCUGGGCGACAUCCUGAGCGUGAUGGACAAGAAGGGCUUUGACGAUGACGAUCUGGGAUUUGAAGAAGGGAAGAGUAAUGAGGGGCGCAGCUCACCACCCCAGAGCCCUCCCAAUGAGGUUGAAGAAGAGGACCCUCUUCCUCCGAUCCGGCCCCCACGGCAAAGGCAGGGUACUAACCCUUACACUCCAGAGCUCCAAUCCAUGAACCAUCAACACCUGGACAGCUGUUCCCUCUCCAGUUCAGGGUCCACCAUGCUGGAUGAAAAAUCCCACAAUCAGAUGUAUGAGGGGAUCAUGAACAACAAAAAGUACAGCACACCUCGCAUUCAAGACGAUAGGGAGGACUUCUCCUACAUGGAUGAUGAGGAUGAUGAUGACGACGAUGAGAUUAGGGUGUGAAGUGAACAGUCUUUGCAAAGACUUAAAGAAGUGGUUGAGGAGGGUUGGGGUCGAUUGGAAGAUGUAAAGCUCCCAUGCUGACAUGGAGGACUGAUUAUAUAAUGGAGAUGAAAGGGAAAACGUAUGUUUUAGCCCUUGUAAAUGCCUUUUCACUACAUUUUCUAGUUCAGGUAUACAAACCUUCUGUUACUAUUGACUUUCACCAGAGCCACCACUGCUGUGAGAGGAAAGUGUUUGCGUGUUCGCAUAUGCUGAAGCAAGGGAAUUCCAUUUCAAAUGGUAAUUAGUCUCAUGCGAAUCCGUGAAUUCCAGUGUUGACCACUUGGAAUGCUGAUACAGGAGGUUUGUUGUGGAACCAAGCCUCGCAUUCUCCCAUGAUUAACACCGUACUCUUGCUUAUGCCUUUAAACUCUGAAAAAACACUAACACCAACAGUCUUAAUUUUCCUGUGUUUUACAGCUUUUGAUUCGGUCUUUAAGUUAUAUUCAAAAUUUUGCCUUGUAUGUAAACCUCAAUGUUGUAAAUGAUGAUUGGAACACCAUAAACGUGUUUGGAGGUUCAACAGAACGCUUUAUCUCUUGCAUAUGCUACCUUUUUCCCAUCGGGAGUUGUUUAUGUAGUAGAUCUGGACUUUGUCAUGUUGUCCAUGCUUGUUUAAGAGAAUUUCCUGUCGGCUCGCAUGAAAUUCUCAAUCAAGGAGGAAUUCAGAUUGAUGGGAUGCAGAAACCGAAAGCAGUGGUGAUGUUGGAUAACUUGUAGGCAGUAGAAUCAGUCCAAGUGGAACCAUUUAUGACUUCAAUUAUGAUGUGUUUGUGAACGAGGAUUGAUGUCAAGAGGGCUGAGGGGUGUGUUUUUUGAUUAUCAUUGUAUAUGCUCAGAGAUGAAGAGUGUAGCUCUUAUUCAGGGUCUAGCGUAGUGCCUCGAACUUCAAACUGUGCUCAUCAGCAGAAGUGGCUCUGCAGGGUUUUCAUCUCUGAAUGACUCUUAAGCUCUUUGUGUUUCUGUAUUUAGGUUUGAAGCGAGAUCAACACCCCAUGAUGAGAUUGUAACUUGUAUUGCCACUCUGUGAAUUAGUGCCAUACCCUUUCAUAAGUUAAAUGUAGACAAAAGUGUACUAAAAUUCUUUAACAUCUACAAAAUUAGCAAACUCAGUCCACCAUGUAAUUUUUUGUUACAGAGUUAUGUAAAGGUUUCACUAAUUUUCCUUAAAGGUGAUGUGUGUAAUUCUGGCACCAUCAGCAGCACUGUAAUGGAUUUUUUUUUUUUUUUUUUUUAAUACUGCUAUUUGAUUUUAUUUGUCUUCCAAUUUUUCAAAAAGUAAAAGGCAAUUUUUAUUUUAGCAUUAUUUUAUUAUUAUUAUUAUUUUGACGGUCUUUACAUAGAUUGCAUAUCCAUAACAACCGAUCGUCAGAGUUUGAAGGUGGGACUACUAGUAGAUCUGGAAAUGUUUGAAACAAGUUAGUGCCAAAGAAAUUACUCACAUCACAAUUAAGUCUCUAUUAUGAGACUUUCCAAACUAUGCUUAACCUUAGCGAAUAUGCCCAAAUACUUAACACUAGUCUGGUUUACAAUUAAAAACAAAAAAUAAUUACCAUAUUAAUGUCCUGCUAGCCAAGCAAGUAUUAAUUGUUCAUUGUGCACUUUGGGAAAUUGAUUUUCUUUUUUUUUUUUUUUAUGACACAAGUGAUGUUUUGUGGGGAUAAUUUAAAAGCGUUACACUCCUGAUAUAUGUACAUCAUGUUCAGUUAUUCAUUUACUGUAUAUUUGAUUGAUGGUAUUGUUUAGUCAACAGUGUUGACCCUGUAUUCUAACAUUAUAGAAGCACACUAGGAACCGAAAAGUGCACCAUUUGUAGAAUUGGUUAUUUUCACUUGGUUUCUGUGGUACAGAAUUGUUUUUACAGAUCUCUCUGUGGCCUUUUACCUUCACUUCGUUACCUUUACCUUCAGCUCGGUUAGGUUUUGUAUCAGUUUUAACACUCCCAAGAAUACAGCUACGUUAUUUCCUUGCUCACCUGUCAAGUGUUUUUCAUUGGUUUGUGAAAUCAGCAUGUUUGAACAGAGGAACAAGUAAGAUGCGGUUUAUAAGAGCUCUAGAAAGAUGUUUGUAAUGCUGACUCCAUGGGUGCUUUUCAGGUUUGGUCUAGGAUGGUUUAGAAAAGGGCUUUAUUAAUGGGGUAUGAGGGGCUUGUGUUGCCUUAUAUCUGGUUGAAAUGCUGCAUCGUGCCAUUUUGUCUGCAAGAACUAACGGACGAUAAUCAAAUGUGCCAAAAUCUUCUCCUCUCUUUUGCUGCCCUAUUUUUGUUCAGUUUAUGGGUUAAGGAAGUGGUCUUGGAGAUAUCACACUGCACGCAAAGCUUUUAAAGAAGACCAGAUGUCCAGAACAGGAUUUGUGAGACUGAAAGUGAGCUGGAAAGCUGGCAUGUAACAGGUUUUGAGAGCAGCAGGACUCCCUCUACAGUUUCGAGUAGUUUUCUUUCAGGCCAUUUACUUUUACUUUGUAUCUAUACUUACUGAGACAAAACUCUACCAUUCAUAUACAAUGGCAUAGAGGUUUCUAUAGUUUCUUUGCUUGAUUACUAAAUGCACACAGCUUCCUACAGCUGCUACAGAAAAUGGUUAAAAAACAAAGUAUAGUAUAAAACCAUCUCUAUAAUUUCCAGGUAUUUGCUGUUUAUCUUUUUUUUUUUCACUUGAUGUCUACUCUGUAUCAUUCUGUACUGAAGUAAUGUAUAUAAUGACCUGCCUCACUUUCCCUUGCACAAUAACAGUUAUAUUUUUCAAUAAAAGAAAAAGCUGAUAAA